GCCGCUACGGACCCUAACCUUGACGGAUCACAAAGACGCACAAAUGCUCGGACAGACCAGGACGGGAGACCCUUGCCCUCCCAGGGCAGUUCGGCGGUAUCCGCCAACAACUCAGCCAAGGCGAGAGAGAAGAAGAAGGGAGGCAUGAACAAAAAAGCGAAGAAAGGAUGCAUCCAAACCCCAUGAAACUAAAGGAUCAGCAUCCGCUUCUGGGCCCUCUGGGUAACUCCCGGUUGAGCUUACUCGUUCUUAUGUUUUCCGUCCUCCAGGGAAAUUUCCCGGUCCUUUUUCGGUUCCCCUUUUUUUCACCAGAUCUUCGUUAAGGUUUUCUUCUCUUUUUCCUCUAUUUUAUUUUUUCCCCUUCUUUUUUCUUCCUUUUUUUCCCUCCUUUUUCUUCUCCCCCUUCUUUUCGUUUUUUAUUUUUUUCGUUUUGAGUUUUUUCCCCUUCCCCCACCACCUAUGGUUGGAUUUCGGCCUAUCUGCAAGCAUGAUUGAUGCCUCCAAUGCCGGAGUGGUCAUUUCGCAGGAUGAGUGUUUCGAACAGGAGGAGGAUGGCUGCUUUGUGAAACUGCCCUCGGGAAGGCUCGCGUGGAAAAGAAGAAAACAGAACAAGAGGGAAUUCGUACGUGUCAGAUAUACUAGCAGACUCAUGGAGGCAGUUUCGCUCAGGCAUCUUGUUCUAGAGGGGCUGAAGCAGGUGGCGGGGGCCAGAUCGGAGUGCUGGCUGGAUGACGUCGUCAUUGGUUGGAGGUACGAUGAGCCGCUUGGCGCCAGGAUAUGCAAGCCGGGGAAGGUGUUCAGGAAGUUCAAGCUAGAGGAGUGGGAGAUGGGCUUCGAUCCCCAGUACUGCAGGUGCGGAGCGGGAAGGCACGUCGAUUUCUUGAGUCCUGCCGCCUUGAGACUUAUUCCAGCAGAGGGCAAAAUGCAUGUCAUCACCACAGACACUGGGAUCACUAACAACGGGCAGUUGCAGCUCAUGAUGAACUCAGGGCUCAAUCACAUACCAAUGAGGGCGCUUGACGAGGACGUUGCCGUGACGGAGGUUGAGGAGGCGCUUGGCUGCAUCUUGACUACCAAGAUAUGCGACGAGGAACUCUCGAUGGAACAGGAGAAGCUGGUGAAGGACUUCGUGAUGACCAGAGCCAAGGCUAGCAUUAGGGAGUAUCAUGCGCAGCACAGGCAUAUCAAGGAGGAACCGAUUAACAACGUCCCGGUCAGGAGUGAGAUCGAGUGGCUGACCCAGAGGUAUCUAGUCUGCCCAACGGACAAGGCUCCGCAUACCCCAACGUUCGUUUGUAUCAAUUUCAUCAGGAGACUAGCAUUGGAACGUCUAUCUGGGCCAGACUUCAUCCCACUCCAGCCAUCACCUGCCGCGAUCGGGAGCAAGAUUGCAGAAGAGGCCAACGCUCUCGCGCCCGUCGGCUGCUCAGGAGAUAAGGCACUGCUACCGCACCUCAUGGUCGUGUACAAAGCGCAUAAGGACACCUUCAGAUGGAUUACCAACACGUCACGAUCCGUCCUCUCCCCGGUCGCGGAGGUAUGUACCUGUCUGCUCAAGUUCCUGGCGAUCGACGUGCAGAUGCUCUGCGCUGGUAAGAGCGAGGCAAGCUUUGAGAAGCGCGGGGUGAGACCGAACUACUGGUGGCCGAUCGCAUCCAUCGGUGAAUUCGUUGCCAACUUACCGAGGCAUGUCUAUUCCGUUUUCACAGCAGACAUUAUAAGAUGCUUCGAGAAGAUUCCAAUAGAUAACUCCGAUGACGGACUAAUCACCGCAAUCAGGUUCUUCGUCGUAUGCGCGAUGGAAUGGAGGAGGGUCAGGACAGCAAGGGAUGUUGUGGCGAUAAGGGUUGCUGCUAAUGGCACGUUGCACCCCUCUUGGGUCGAUGGGCAGCAGGAGAGACAGCUCGACAUGCUUUACUUCAGCGAGGCAGAAAUCAUUAGCACUUGCGAUUGCCUGAUAUCCAACGUUGUGGUACAGAUGGGUGAUAGGGAGCUGCGACACUCAGGUCCCGAGGAGACAACAACCAUGGACUACGAGGUGGACCCGACUAUGGUGGACCAGCUGAUUGGCAACCCCGAAGAUGCGGUAUAGUCCUCCGUGUUUUCGCUCAUACGCGUGCGCUUCUUCUCGGCUUUUGCAGACUGCUGCGCUAUCGAUUCGAUUACACAUAAACGCUC